GAAGUCUUCGCCGCCAACUGUCGUGCGCACAUAUGUCGCUAGACGUUAAAAACAUGGAGGACACUUUUCAUUGAUUAUCCAAGGCUCGUGUCUGUAUCCUGUGUGACCUGCCUGAUUCAUUAACAUUCAAGUUAAGAUAAACAUGAUGUGUCUGUUGGGAGAUCGUGCGUGUAUGGAAGGUCUAAGAAAGGACAUUACAGAUCUUCAGGGUACUCUGAUCGAUGUCUUCUCUAGAGUUGGUGCUGUACGCUUCCCAUCCUGGAAGUUCCCCGAUAAGAUGUCCUGUGAUCUGGACUUGGUGCAGUUGUUGGAUAGAUAUGAUUUUGUAGAGGAUGAUCCAGACUACACGCAGCUUUCACACAUGGUUUUAUUGGAGCUUGUGAUUGACAGACUUUUGCUGCUUCUUCAGAGCUUUGAUGUGUACGCAGAAUUAAUAAACAGUGAUGGUGGCUUCGUACAACCUCGAGAUCACGGACCCUCAAUGUCAGUUGGACUUACAGUACGGAAGUAUUGGAGCAACAUGUUAAAGUUGGGGAAAAUUUACCAAAAAGCGAAAUCUUCUUCACCUGAAAAUUUCAUUAAGACCAAAGAGCCCAAGACACCGCAGGAACGUCCUUGUUUGUCUUCACGCAAGGCCCAUUCGGUCCUAUCACGCCCAGAAAGCCGUCAUCCUACUGGUGUCCCUCAGGAAACUGACCUUUCCAUUGCAAAACAUGUAUGCACCGUUGGCUCACAGACUUUAGAGUCUGCUCUUGUUCCAUGCGAUGCGUGUGCCAUUGCUCAGAGUAGUUUAAAAGAGGUUAGUGAUGCCAUUGUUGGUGUAUGCAAAAGUCAGAACUUGCCAUCUUCUCUUAUAAAAAUUCAAGAAGUCUUGCCACGUGAGGGAACCCUGUCUCCUUCAGAAAUGAAGUACUGGGCCAGUGAAGAAAGCAAGGAUCUAGUUCGAAUCGGCAAACAUCUGACUGAGCUCACACAGCUCAUUCAGCCUCUGAGAAAUCAGUGUCAGGCAGCUAAGAUAGAGAAUCAGCGUCUAGAACAAAACCUAGAAGACUACAAGCACCAGCUAAAGCUCCAGAAAGAAGAGCUGCAGCAACAGGCAAAUGACCAUGAGAAGAAGCUACAAGAGAAAGGACAACGGAACCGGGAUAUGUUGGACCGGCUUGAGAGGGACAAAGAUGAACUGAGGAAAGGGUCUGCAGUCCUAGAAGAAAGAGUUUCCAUCCUGAAAGAAGAGUUGAAACUUCAGCACUGUACCAUACGAGAUCUGGAACUGGCAAGACAGAAACUUUUAGGAGAGAUGCAGAGCAUGGUGCGCAAGGAAGAAGUGUCUGUACUGGAGAAAAAAGUCAGUGACUUGACAGUCCAUCUAGAAAAUACAUUACAGAGACUUCAGGAAUCUGAGGAGGCCGUAUCUAAAGAGAGGGCUCGUGGAGAGAGCCUUCAGCACCACAAAGAGUCCCUACAGGCAAAGCAGAAAUCACUGUUACAGCAGUUAGACAGAUCAUCACAAGAGUGUGAAAACUUGCACGGUAUCCUGGGGGAUGCAGAUGAAGAAAGAGCCAAAUUGGAAGAUCAAAUAGAGCAAAUGAAGACACAGGAGGAAAGUCUAAGGAGCCAAAUGAGGGAACAGCAGGACACGACAAAGACUCUUCGGCAGGAGAAGGUGACACUGGAGAUGUCCGUUGCAGCGGUGACCAGCCAGCUAACAGAAUUACAAGGGUGCCUACAGGAACAGAAGGAAACCGAGAGAUUGCUGGUGUGCUACCCAGACUUGCACCCUCUCCCAGAAUUUGAGAGCUCCGGGGACAUUACCGAAGAUAUGGAAAAACAGCUUCAAGCCAACAGUAUCCGAAUAAGCAUUCUGGAGGAGGAGAAUUCAAAACUACGAGUCAGCCUGCAUAAACUAGGGGAGAAAAGCAAACUAGGGGCGCUGAAGGUAAUCCCUCAAACUCAGCUCUGGACUCUUCCUGCCACAGUAGAGCCUUUGACCCCCGAAUCCUCUUUGCCAAGCAGCCGCAGAAGUAGCACAACAAAACCUCCUAGUCCCGAACUGAAUACAGCAACACUCCAAAAGUACCCAAUGAAGUCUCAAGAAAGAAAAGGAUCCCCUCACUCUCUAAACCUUCUUACUUUCCCACCUGAGAACUCCCCCAUAGCAGCUUUCGCUCGUGUCAGACAAGUGAAAGGGAGAAACCGAACCCCUAGUUCAGAUCGCAAGUAACUAAAAUGUACAGUAUUCCCCCAAAAGAUCUUAUUGUAUCGGGUGGGAUUACUGCAUGCAUUGAUUGUUUUUCAUAUAAGCCAGAAUCACGUGUCUGUUUGGAAUUACAGCCUUCGGCCUUAUGCACACGGAUGUUUUGGUCCGCAUCCGUUGCUCCGUUCCGUGGCCCCUGUAAAAAAAAAUAUAACAUGUCCUAUUCUUGUUCGCAAAGCGAUCCGUGUUUUGCGGAUCCGCGAUUUGAGGACCGCAAAACACACCACGGUCAUGUGCAUGAGGCCUUCCUGCGAUAUUGUCGGCUGCCUCGCACCAUUGCUUUGUGGUUUGGCUACAUGACCACUUCAGUCAUGCUUUUAUAGGGACACACAUGAGACAGAAUAUAAGGUUCGGCAGCAGAGCUAUGAGAGGUAGCGUUCUCACUCUGUGGAAAUCAAUGAGCGGAGUGCAUGUGAUCCUGCUUUGCCUGGCUGAAUAACGGAGAUCCGAUGGACCCCAUCAUAGUCAUACAUUAGGUGCCGGGGUGCUUCCAUUUUCUUUAUUCUUCUGUUCUUACACCUGGACAACAAGAAAUAUGGACAGUGCACUGCUGACAUAUCACACUGCCUAGACUGCAUAGUGGAGAUUUACUAAUCAAUAUGCCCCAGAAGUCUGGCGUACAGGCUUUGCACCACAUUUAUUGUUUUAGACACUUUUUGGACUAAAAGGUAUUAUAAAUUUAAAGGGGUUGUCUCACUUCGGUAAAUGAUAUUGAAUAUGUAGAGAAAGUUAAAGAGGACCUUUCACUGGUCCUGACAUUACAAUGUUGGGGAGAUCUUCUUGCGCUUAUUUUUUUCUGAUGGGCUGCUCUGUUUCCCGCUGUGUCCCCGUUCUGGUUUCCCGCCUUGGAGGAGGAGACGGCCGUGUUUCUCAGGGAGCGUGUCCUUCUCUCUGGCUGUGGCGCGGUUCAUUUGCAGCGGAGCGUGUCACAUCCAGGGAGAAAUAAAAGCUCACCUUCUCCCCAGGGAGAAGAAGACGUCCCCUGAGAAACACGACAGUCUCCUCCCUGGUAUGGAUUUAACAUAUAAAGCGGUAAACCAGAAGAGGCGGCACAGCGGGGGAAUGAGGCAGCACAUAGCAAAAAAUAAUAAGGCAAGGACAUCUCCUCAACAUGCCCUACAUUGCCAGGUACUUAUCUUGUAAUGUCGGGACCGGUGAAAGGUCC